GUCGACCACACUGUAGGCCAUCGCACGCACCGGUGUUUUGUUUUCAUUCCCUAGUGUGAUCAGCUCCGUUCCAGUCAAGAAAACCAGUGCCUUCGUCAACUAACUCGAUAUGGUCGCAUCCGAAGACAUAGUGUUGCGCGUAGCUCGCCCGGACGAAUUGGAUCAGGUGCGGGAGGUUCUCCAUAGGAUCUACUACCCGGAAGAGGGAAUCACAAUUUCCUACGUUCACGGAAAGAAACACACGCUGGACGACGAGAAAUUUUCCCUGUCAUUCGUUGACCAGGGAACCGUGGUGUUGGUGGAGGAUCUGAGGUUGAAAAAGUUCAUCGGGGUGGCAAUAGCGGGACCGAUUCGGCCGGGUGAUCCGGAUGCUAUGGUUGAAGAAGCCGCUACGACGGAGACGAAGAAAUGGGGUGACAUUUUGAAGUUGCUGGCGCUGUUGGAACGGACGGCCGAUGUUUGCGGUCGGUACGGACUGGAGAAGGCGUACCAUGUUCACAUUAUGGCGGUGGACCCGACUUACAGGGGGCAUGCCUUGGGGCAGCGACUGCUACAGUUCCAGAUGGAUUUGGCGAAACAGCUUGGCUUCAAAGCGUUCAGCGGUGACUUUACUAGUGUGGUUUCUGCGAAAAUUGCCGAAAAGUUGGGCAUGGAGUGUAUAAGUCAGCUGUCGCUAGGCGAUUAUCGCGAUGAGAAUGGAGAGAAACUGUUCGAGCCACAAGAUUUGUACCGGGUGAUAAAGACAUGUGUCAAGCUACUGUGAUAAGCAUUCGAAUUUAACUGAUAUGAGCCUAUCGUUUGUUCACACGGCGAGUAAAAUAGAGCGAAUUGUAGAUGUAAUACGCCUCGUGCCAAUAUUAGAAAUCUGCAAGUCUCCCAAUAUUUAUUGAAUUAGUCAAUAAAUUUUAUUGGAAUGAGCAUAUUAUUGCAUAAUUAUUGCUACAUAGAUAAAAGUAUUUUGUAAUUUUAACUACAUUAACAUCAUGUACAUAUUUUUAGCAUGCAAAUAAACGCAACAUCAAAUCGAA